GCUGUCAGUUUUAUUCGAUUUGUUUUUGUUCUACGGCUGACUCGAAAUGCAGAUACCGGUUUAAAUAUCCAAAAUUUUGUGUAAAGUUAAACGAAAAGAAUAGUGUACAUUACCGGAAAUUAGUGACGAAGUGAUCCCACGGUGCGGGCAAGUGAAGUACAUCCCGAAGAAACCAUGCCAACGAUUAUUGCGGUGGAUGUAUCACUGUCGAUGACGCGGCCAGUUCCGGUGGCGGCAUCCGGAGCCGGGCCCAGUGCCGAGGAUGGGUUAACCUAUCAUCAUUUGGCCGUGCAGGGAGUUAAUACCAUUUUGGAUUAUCUGGCCAAACAUUCGCGUCUGGAAUUUGUUUCUCUGAUCGUUUACUCUUCCCUGUACGAAGUGAUCGUCGAUUUUACCCGGGACUACGAAUCGAUCCGACAGGCACUGCACAAGAUCGAACACUACGACAAGACCAGCCUGGAGAAUGUCCUGGUAGCGGUGAACAACAUGUUCAAGACGCACUGGGGUAGCCAGAACUACUGCCAGAUCAUCUUCAUCACCGAUUGCGGAGUCGGGUUGGGGCCCAGUUCGCUCAAGAACACCAUCAUCAACCUGCAGAACUACAAAGCGCAGAACAGUGGCAACAGCAGUGGUGGCGCCGGUGCUGGACCUGUGAAGGUUCCGCUGUCCGAGAAUCAGUGGGUUGGAUUUUCCUACCCGAGCAAAUUGACUUUUAUGUGUUUGGGCAAUCUGGCUGAUACGGCGUUUAAGUUUGGUUCCAAACUGUACCAGCAACUGUUAGACGUAAGCGGCCAAAACGGGCAGGUGUUCAUCCCCAAGCUGAAAAAUCUCUCAAUCGAGGAUCCUAUCGGGGAUGACAACGACGAAUUCAGCAAACAACUUAAUAGGAAGUGCGUGCAGGAAUUGUUCGAGAACAUGUGCGAACAGAACUACAAGCAAUUCGAAGCAACGCUCCGCUGUGGCGGGUACUUCCGAUUAGAGGGAGCUAUCAUUAUUUGGCCGGCCCCACUGCCUUACACAUCCAAGGACCUCUUCGGAGCGGAAACCACAAAAAUUAUCUCCCGGAAGCUGGAGGUGUGCGGCUUCAUAAGCCUGUCGGAUAUUGGAUCCCCCAUGUCCGUUAGUCGACACCUGAUCCUGCCCCGUACGGAUGGUGAUAAACGCUUAUCUACAAAGGAUGGUAACCUUAACGCCGAGGAAAAGCUAGAGAGCGACAUCAAAGGGUUCUACGCCAAACCGGAUGGCAGUGGAGGAGCGGGAGGUGACAACGAUGACGACGGUACCACCGGUGCGGAUUCAACACGAGAAUCGGUGUGUGUCCUGCUGCAUGGAGCCCUGAAAGUGGAGAACAUGGCAGCUCUGGUUCUGCUGAACGACAACUGGUAUGGGUUCAUCUAUUCCUACGCCGACAACAAGAAGAAAUCCAACCUCAUGUUGAACGUUCUCCCGCCGGGGAAUGACGUGGUCCCGUGGUUGGGGGAUUUCCGCAAUCUGGGCAAUCUGGACGAUGCCUUUGCGGGAGAGAAUCCUAGCUUCCCCAUCAAGGCGGAGAAACGAAGCUACUCGCAGAACAUCGUGGUCUGGAUACGGCAAGCGGGACUACAGUCGGACAUUCAGAAAGUGUUACGGCAUGCUAAGAAACUGCCGGAGAAGACGCAACACUUCUACAAAGAACUGAAUCGCAUUCGACGGGCGGCGCUCUCGCUUGGUUUCGUUGAACUGCUGGAGGGAUUGGCGCAUAUAUUUGAAAGGGAGGCGGCGACCUUAGGCGGAAGUGCCAGUCCCGAUAGCGGUAUACAGCUGAAGCAUGCAGCCAAUGAAUUGAGGAAACCGUGUAAUCGAGAUCUGAAGGCGAUCAUUCAAGCCAUGCCGACGAGGUACAAUCAGAUUGCUUGAGUAUUGGUUGUUGAAUAAAUGUGGUCAUGAAUA